AUGGCAGGCAAUACCAAGGGAAAGCGCGCUGCACCAUCCUCACAAGUUGAGCAAAUUAAAGCAUCAUCUAAAAAACGCAAACUCAACGAUGGGAAACAAAAAAGUGUGAAGGCUUCUGUCAAGUCGAAAUCAGCUGAGCCGAAGAAAGAAAAGGCAGCGGAUAGAGGAGUUAUCCCAAUACCCAAUCUGAGUGAUGACGAUGUCGAGAUAUCUGACCAGGACAUGGAUGUACUUGCUGAAUUUGGUGGUGCUGCAAGUUUCCUGAAGAGUCUGGAUAAGAAAGGUAUCAUGAGGAGUAAAAAAGAAACUCAGAGAUUGCAUGAACUGAAUAAACCAGUUCGCAAGCCUGAGGUGUAUGAUGACCUACCGUCAAUCGAUUCGCAUGACGAAGAUGAAGAAUCCUGGGACUCGAACAUGGAAGACGAAGAUUCAGAAAUAUUGAGCGACGAAGACGAUAAUCAUUCGAUAGUCGCUUAUUCUGACAAAACUGCAGGUUCUGAUGAGGAAAUGCCAUACGAAAUCAAUCCUCGGAGACUGCGUCAAGAACCUGCUAAACCUACAGAGAUUCAACGUCUACCUAUCAAGUUGGCAGACGGGAAAAUCCAACGGACAGGUAUCAAAGCUGUUAUCCCUGCUUCACAAGAGGAUAUUCCAUCCGAACCGGAGGAAAGCGAUUCAGAGGCGGAGGAACGGGAAACGCCACGCUGGAGAGUAGAAGAUGUCUCAACUGGCGCACGUUUCGGACGGCCAGCCGUCGUGGAUGUUCUGAAGACGAAUUCUCGUAAAGCCAAAAUCGAUAUGGCAAAGGAUCAGAUAGCUGCUAUCUGUCAGGAAAUUUUAGCGGACCCAGAAAACAACCUUGGACUACUACGACGAUUGCACACGUUCUCUUUGAAAACUGUCGUCACUCCAACACAUCCUGACCCUGUUCCCAAUGAUCCCAUCAUUCGUAAACUCGCUGUCCUAUCUCAAUUGGCCGUCUUCAAGGACGUUAUUCCUGGUUACCGGAUACGAGCUUUGACUGAAACUGAAAAAGCCGAAAAGGUCAGUCAAAUGGUAGCCCGGACUCGUGAUUGGGAGCAAGGCUUGGUAACAGUCUACCAAUCAUAUCUUCGACUUCUGGAAGGCGAGCUAAAAUCACACUCUGAGCUGGCCGACACUGCACUCCAUUGUAUGUGCACGUUACUCAAAGAGGUGACACACUUUAAUUUUCGACUCAACUUGAUGACAUGCAUCGUUGCACGCCUGAGCAAAAAAUCCUGGGACGCGUCAUCUGAACUAUGCUCUCAAACUCUGAUUCAAGUCUUUCGCGAGGAUCUUACAGGCGCCGCAUCUUUAGAAAUAGUGCGUCUGGUGAAUCGCAUGAUAAAGGAACGGCAUUUCAAGGUUCAUCCGAACGCCUUGUCAUGUCUACUUUCCCUGCGCCUCCGGACUGAACUUGGCGUUCGCGCCUCUAACACCCACGCUGACAAACCAGAGGCGAAGAAACCCAAGUCCGGAAAGGCUCAAAAGCAAGAAAAGGUUCAUCUGAGCAAAAAGGCCAAAAAAGCCUACAAGGAGCAAAAAGAAAUUGAUAAAGAACUUCGUGAAGCCGGAGCAGAGGUCGAUAAGGAAGAGCGGAAGACGACUCAAACGGAAACGCUAAAACUCCUCUUUGCCCUCUAUUUCCGUAUUCUCAAAAACCCGACGCCAACGCCCCUUCUCCCAGCCGCGCUUUCUGGAAUUUCCAGAUUCGCACACCUGGUCAACAUCGAUUUUUUCAAGGAUCUCAUGCAGGUGCUGAAGGAUCUGAUCGCAAUAGAAGAAGAAGCUGCAAUGGCCUAUGCCGAUCUCGACGCAGCAGGAAUACAGUCAGCCUUCAUCUUCCGACAGCUUUCGUGCAUAGUCACCGCAUUCGAGCUUCUGUCAGGACAAGGCGAAGCGCUGAACAUGGAUCUAACCGAUUUUGUCAACACCCUGUACUCUAUCCUGCUCCCUCUCAGUUUUUCCCCCGAAAUGAACGCCCAGCCAUCAACAUCAACUACAUCAUCAUCAUCAUCGCUCGGCCCGAAAGUAUACCACCAAUCGGUCGUUGACAUCUUGUUCCGUGCACUGCACUUGAUAUUCUUUUCCCGGACUUCCGGCUCAACCGCGCCCCCCGCACGCGCCGCUGCGUUUAGCAAGCGGCUACUCUCAGGCGCGUUGCACUGGCCGACCCCCGCCGCACUGCGCGCGCUCGAGUUCGUUCACGGAUUGCUUGCCAAGGACAGCAAAUUGGAGGCCAUGCUCGCCACGGAGGAUCGGAUCUACAACGGCGUCUACCGUGCUGACGUGGAUGACCCGCAGCUCUGCCAUCCGUUUGAGUCGUCGUUCUGGGAGCUGCAUGCACUGCACGGGCGCCACUUUGACCCGCGUGUACGUCAGGCUGCCGGGGUAUUACUUAACUACAGUGCCAGUUAA